AUGUCUGAAUUUAAAAUGUCCAAUUCAAUUGACUCAAUAGAUUUAAAAAUAAGAUUAAAUAAGCAUGGACACAAAUAUAAAUAUAUUAAAUUAUCAGAAUUGUCAAUUGAUAAAAAAUAUGAAGUCACUGCUUUUGAAAUCAUUAACAUUAAUGGGCAGAAUAAAGUAUCUGUUGUGUUGGAUAAUGAAUAUGAACUCUUAUUACCAGAUAGAUUUAUGAAAACUAUUUCUGAAAAUAUAUAUGAAUUAAAUGACAAGGAGUGGUCUACAAUCUAUAUUUUUCAUAGAUAUAUAAAAACACUUGAAAAUGGAAAAUUAUACUAUCGUAUAGAGUUCCAAGGUAAUUCUCUAGACAGUCCUGUAAUUAAAGUAUUAAAUAAGUUAAAUGAAGAAGAUUACAAAUACAAACAUAUACAAUUAUCUGAUUUAACUAUUAAUGAACCUUAUAAAAUAUCAACAUUUAAAAUAAUAACUACAAAAUAUGGUGAAAGAGUUUCUGUUCUAUUAGACAAUAGAUAUAUGCUAUUAUUGCCCUAUAGUUUUGUUAAUGGUAUUUCUGAGGAAGAUAUAGACCAAUAUGAUGGUGAAAUGUAUAUGAUGUACAAAGGUAAAAAAAUUUUAGUAAUGGAAAUCAAUCUAUUUAAUAGAAUUUCUGUAAUAACAUUUUUUUUUACUAUUAAAUGA